AUCACUGAGCUGCUGAGCGGAGAGGUUCCUAUAAGGUGUCAGGAUGUCGCUGUCUAUUUCUCCAUGGAGGAGUGGGAGUAUUUAGAAGGACACAAGGAUCUGUACAAGGACGUCAUGAUGGAGAAUCACCAGUCCCUCACAUCACCGGAUGGAUCCAGUCAGAGAAAUCCACCAGAGAGAUCUCCCAGUCCUCAGUAUUCCCAGGACUGUCCAGGGGAGAAACCAAAUAUCCCACUGGAUCAUCAGGAAAGUUCUGGUGAAACGACGAGUGGACUCGAAAAGCCCAUCUCAGUGUCUGUGAAUGUGGAAGACAAGAUGAGCGACUCCUAUGGACAUCUCCAUUUAUCUUCCUAUCAUGAAGCAGAAGAUAACAAUACCACACAAGAGUUAAUAACUCCUAAUGUCCUUCACAGCAGAGAUCCAUCCACUGAUACUGCCGGUCACAAGAAACCUUCAUCUAUGCAGUUACUGAAUGGCAAAACAAGAACUAAACAGAAAUGUGGAAACAUUUUUUCUAGUGAGAAACGUUUAAAAAAAAAAUCUAAUCUUUUUUUCCAUGAGAGCAAUUGCAGAGAUAAUGGGUCAUUUCCAUGCUUGACAUGUGGAAAAUCUUUUAGCAUUAAAUCCAUUCUAGUUAGACAUCAGAGAACUCACACAGGGGAAAAGCCAUUUUCAUGUAUUGAAUGCGGUAAAUGCUUUAGUCGGAAAUCAAAUCUUGUUGUACAUCAGAGAACUCACACAGGAAAGAAGCCAUUUGUGUGUCCUGAAUGUGGGAAGUGUUUUGAUGUGAAGUCAUUGCUUACACAACAUCAAAGAACUCAUACUGGGGUGAAGCCAUUUUCAUGUUCAGAAUGUGGGAAAUGUUUUGUUCAGAAAUCAAAUCUUGUUAGACAUCAGAGAAGUCACACAGGGGAGAAGCCAUUUAUGUGUUCUGAAUGUGGGAAGUGUUUUGGUGCGAAUUCAACUCUUAAAGUACACAUCAGAAGUCACACAAGAAGGAAUCUAUUUUUAUGCUCAGAAUGUGGGAAACGUUUUAGCCAGAAAUCAAAUCUUGUGAAACAUAUAAGAACCCACUUAGGAGACAAACCAUUUUCAUGUCUUGAAUGUGGAAAGUGCUUUACUCAGAAAUCAAAUCUUGUUACACAUCAGAGAACUCACACAGGAGAGAAGCCAUUUAUGUGUCCUGAAUGUGGGAAGUAUUUUACGGUGAAAUCAAUGCUUGACUAUCAUCUAAGAAGUCACACAGGGGAGAAGCCAUUUCCAUGUCUUGAAUGCGGGAAAUAUUUUGCUCAGAAAUCUAAUCUUGUUAGACAUCAGAGAAGUCACACAGGGGAGAAGCCAUUUAUGUGUUCUGAAUGUGGGAAGUGUUUUGGUGUGAAAUCAGUGCUUAUAAAACAUCUAAGAAGUCACACAGGGGAGAAUCCAUUUUCAUGCUCAGAAUGUGGGAAACGUUUUAGCCAGAAAUCAAAUCUUGCUACACAUCUAAGAAUCCACUUAGGAGACAAGCCAUUUUCAUGUCUUGAAUGUGGAAAGUGCUUUAGUCUAAAAUCAAAUCUUGUUCUGCAUCAGAGAACUCACACAGGAGAGAAGCCAUUUUCAUGUUCAGAAUGUGGGAAGUGUUUUAGCUUUCAAGCAAGUGUUGUUCUGCAUCGGAGAACUCACACAAGGGAAAAGCCAUUUUCAUGUUCAGAAUGUGGAAAGUGUUUUAGCUCUCAAACAAGUGUUGUUCGGCAUCAGAGAACUCACACAAGGGAGAAGCCAUUUUCAUGUUCAGAAUGUGGGAAAUGUUUCACCUGUCAAGCAAGUGUUGUUCGACAUCACAGAACUCACACAGAUGAGAAGCCAUAAUUAUGUGGGAAGUCUUUUAUUCAGAAAUCAAGUCUUGCUAAACAUGAGAGAAUUCACUUAGAAGAGAAGCCAUUGCAAUGUUCAGAUUGUACGACAUGUGAGAGAUGUGGAGCUUUAUUGUGAGACCUGUUGCCUAAUUAAGUCUUCUGUAUAACUUAAAGCGGUUUUCUAGUUUCCCAUAUUAAUGACCUAUCCUCAGGAUAGGUCAUCAUUAGGGAUGAGCGAACCCGAACUGUAUAGUUCGGGUUCGUACCGAAUUUUGGGG